GAUGUCAUCUUCCCGCAGGAAGCGUUCUGCACAGCGUGGUCGCCCCAAAAAACGCUCCAGGAACAGGCAGCGAUCCCAAAAUAUGGCACCUUCCUGUUCCAUCGACCACACAGACAAGGGCAUGGUGCCCCUGGACUGCAGCAACCACGACCUGGAUGAAACGGCCGGUGUGCAGAAGAGAGGCUGUGUGGAGGACAAGGAAGCUGUCACCACUGACUUUGGCUGGGGCUCGGUCAUCCCGGUGGAGAUCUUACAUCGGGUCUUCCAGGUCCUGGCGGACAGUGAGGGUGCGGUGCCCGCUCUGUGCAGGCUCUCUCAGGUGUGUCGGCUAUGGAGACAGGUAGCGUCUAGCCUGGACCUCUGGCGUCGUGUGACGGUGAGUCACUGUUGGGUCCUUCCAGACGAAAAUGAUCCACCCAGAACCCAGCAAAGGGUGAUGAAGACAAUGGAGGCCUUCAUCCAGCAAUGGCUUCCUCAAGUCUCUGACUUUUCCCUUCAUCGAUGGAAGAGUUCUGUCUCCUUUGUAGUAAAGAAUUUGUCGCAGUCCUGCCCACUGCUGUCGUCUCUUACGUUGUCACAUUGUAAUCUGGUGACUGAGGAUGACCUGCUGUCUAUAGGACGUUGUUGUCCCCAGUUGAGGAACCUCAACCUGCAAUACUCCAAGGUUCAGUUCGAUGCCGUGCAAAGAUUCCUGCAGAUGUACGGGGCCCGUCUCAGGCGACUGUGGCUGUCAUACAGCCUUCAUAUGAACUCAAUCAUAGCUGGACUAGCGCGUGGCUGUUGCCCAGAUCUGAGGCUUUUGGAGGUGAAUGUCCCCAUAUGGUCGAAAAUCAAGACCUCUCAGUUCCCCAUUGAAGGAUUACAGGCUUCCUGCCCCCGGUUGGAGGUGCUGAGACUGUCACACGUCCCGUGGCUGGCAAAACCCGAACCCCAAAACCCCACUGGUGCCCCGGGGUUUCCUCAGCUGCAGGAGCUGUGCCUUGCCGACUUUGUCUCUAAUAUGGAGGACGACGUCUGCCAGAAGCUGCUGACAAAUUCCAGGAAGUUGCGCGUUCUGAACCUUCGUGGGUGUAUUAAGGUGUCACCGCAGGGCUUGUGGGAGCUCCCGUGUUCUGAUGUGGAGCAGCUCUACCUGGGUUUGUCAUCCACCCGUAUGGUGUCCUCCUCGAUCGUUUCUGGCUCCCAUCUGCUGACCAGUAAAUGGCGGCACAGCCUGCAGGAACUGGACCUGAAAGGUCAGGGAUACACAGAGGAGGAUUUGGCGGAGGCCUUGUAUAAUCUCAGCAGAGGAAGUGGUGCAGGAAAUGACGCUCUCGGUUUCUAAACCUCUCAUGGACCAGAGCCACGCCCUCUGCUGUCAAUGACACUCAUCCGUAAGCUGCCAGGCCCUCACUCACCUUGACCUGUCCUCCUGCCGCAACAUUCCCCGAGGACUGAAACGUGUCUACCGUGGCAGGGAAGACAUAGAGCUGUGUCUGAAUGAUCUGACCAAGAAACUGCAGGAGGCAGAAGAGCAGUGA